AUGUUUGAAAGAUCAAAACAAUUCAUGACAAACUGCCACAAGAGAAUAGAGGCAUUGGCAGAGCUUUAUGAAAGUGAAAGAUCAUAUAUUAAUGAUCUUGUUUUAUGGGAGGAUCUUCUUAGAACAAGCUUUAUUGGGGCGACUACAUUCGAAAGUGCCCAAUACACAAUUGUAGAUACAAUUAUGAAAGAUUCAGAGAGAAUAAAAGGCAAACAUCUGUCCAUGUUCAUAGAAUUGAAACAGAAAAACCAGGAAGCAUUAGGACAUGCUACUCUAAAACAUCAGGGUCCAGUAACGAGUGAUAUGAUAUCUGAAUUGGAAAAUUUUCCAGAGGAGUUGAAACAGGUAGAAGACAUGAAAUUAGAAUAUUUUUCAGUCUUUGAAAGGUUGGCAGAGGAUAAUGAAUGCUACAUUAAGUACACACAAAAUCUGCCAAGGGCAGAAUAUGAAUUUGAAAGAUUAAUGGCCACAGAUAAGAGAUUUAAUAGAAGCGUGACAGAUUUUCUGAUCAAUCAUGACCUUAUUGAUCUUGGAAUUAGAAAUUUUUUCUAUCGGCCAUCGGUAAAAAUUUCUAGAUAUCCCAUUCUUCUCAAAGCUAUAGCAAAGCAUGAGUCAGAUCAGGAAAAACAAAGACGAUAUUUCCAAUUAAUUAGGACCAUGGACAACCUGGCCAAGAAGAUUGAUUGGGAAUAUAAAAUAAGAUCAGAGUUUUUUACUACUUUUAUGCUGGCUUAUAGGCUGGUAUACAACGAAAAUAUUAAAAGCAAGUUUUCAUUGGGGCUAAUAUACAAAAAAACAAAGCUUAUAAAAGAGGGGAAACUGAUUGUAAAGAAGAGCAAAUUAGAUCCUGCAUCAUAUAAGCAUGUAUUUAUAUUUAACAGAGUGAUUCUGAUAUGCCUUUCGAUUGAUGGACCUUACCAGAAUAUAAUUAUCGACGACGACCCAAUAUUUCUAAGUAGAGCGUACAUGCUGAAAAAUGUUGAAGGAUUUGCAGCGGGAGAGAAUCUAGGGGAGUUAUAUCCCAUUUUUAUUGCUCAAAGAGAGAAUAGAUCAAUAAAAGCCUUCUAUUUUGAAGAUGAAAGCACCAGAGAUCUUUAUUACUACAAGAUCAAUAGAGCAAUUCAAACGAUAAAGAAAGACAUGAAUGUUGGCAUUGGUAUUAAGAAGGUUGCCGACUUUAAAGAUGAGUUGCUAUGCUACUGUAAACCUGAAACGAGCCAAGGUAAUUUUAUAGGAUUGCAGGACAGAGAUCAUGAUGAGAGUUACUUUGAUUAUUCAAGUAUGGCAGAUUUGAAUAGCAGUAUGCUUGCAGAAAAGAGCAAUCACAAUGGAAUGGAAAUGGAAAAAGAGAAGUCAGUGGUGGCUGAGGAAGAUAUAGCGGCAGUAGUCGCAAACGAAAUGCCAGGAUAUACAAAAAAUGAAAAUGCAAAGGUAUCAGAAAAAAAGAAAACGGUAAUACCAGAACAGGACAAUUCAACAGUAUCAAAGAAUGAAGAACCAAUGAAAAUCAAAGAAGAAAUAUCCAUAGAAACAGAAAAAACAAAUUAUUACAUAAUGCAUCAAACAGUCAAGCGAGAGAAUCAGCAACAGUGCAUAGUACAACAACGUCCGAUAGUGUAA